UUUUCUACCAUAUGGCAACAUUUGGCCAACAAAAUAGUUCCAUUUAAUGUUUUACUCAUUAUCAUAAGGGUAAAAACAUAGGAUCAUUGAACUAUUGAGUGGAACUGUUAAUAUCUUUGUUAACAAUAACAUUGUUCUUGGUAAAAAGUGUUACUUAAGCAUUGUGUUUAAUAUAUUUUUUGUUUGAUGGAAAUAUGUAAUUGCAUUGUGUUUAACUAUUUUUUCAAGGAGAACAACCAUGUUUAAGGUAAUUCUGUAUCUCUUGUUUUACUUUGGCCCUGUGACCUUUUCACCAGUGAAGGGUCAAGGUCAGCCUCCUGUGUCACCUUUCUUCUUCCUGUGCAAUUACCAUGGCAAUGGUCAGGAAAUCGGAGGCCAGACGGGGGAAGUGAAAUUGAGUGUGUCAAUUGACGGCAAUCCGGAUAAUUAUAUUCCUGGGCGACUGUAUCAAGUGGCUGUAAGAUCCAGCCUAAACUUUGAUGGCUUCAUUCUCACUGGCCUCUACACAAUAUCCAGCCCAGCCCUGCAGCAAAUGCAGGCCCUGGCAAUUCAAGGAGGACAACCAGUGGGUCAGAAUCUCAUGUGCUCCAUAGUUCACACCCAUAUAUCCCCUGACCCAGUUCAUGAGUUUAGAUUCAUGUGGAUUGCACCACCGUCAGGAACUGGCUGUGUCAGCUUUCUCGCUACUGCCAUGCUGGGACAACAACUCUUGUUUAAAGAUACCACAGUUCUCCAGCUUUGUGAGGAAGGAGCUCCAACAACCUCACCCCUGCGACCAGCCCUCGCAGAAAUUCAUUCUGACUCCAUCAUCUUCCGGGACGACUUUGAUUCCUUUGACGGUUUUAGUCCUGACCAUUGGCAAGAGACUAAAGGAGCUAAACUUGGAACAUCAUGCGGAUCCAUCUUCUACGGAGAUGCGGCUGUCUUUUGCGAGAAAUCAGGUCACAGGACAUUGGUAACACGGCCGUUGAAUACCACAUCUGCAGCGGUUAUACAGUUCUUUCUAGGCCCAGGUCGAUGUGGAACCAGUGACCAGGAUGAAGAUAUUGUGGUUUCCUUUGGUCUAAAUGGCUGUCAAAACUGGCUCGUUCUCGACUCAAUCAGACCUCCAACAGAUGCCAAUGCUUUAAAGACAGUGUUGAUACGUCUCCCCCCGAAAGCCAGAGGCCAGGGCAUCUGUUUCAAGUGGUCACAGGCCCCAACUGUACCUAGACCUCCAAAUGUGAUGCCCUAUGGUACAACUACUCCAGCUGAUUUUGGAGUUGGUCUACCAAACUUUUCAGACCACACAGAGGAUGAUGAUGACUCUUAUUCCCCAUCGGAAUUUGAUAUACUCGGAGAAGGCCAUUCUGACAACGAAUAUCAUGACACCACAAAACCCCCCAAAACAACACGUGAAACAACCACAAAUUAUGCUCCUGAUGAAUUUGAUGACCCAGACUAUACUACUCCGCCCUACUACCCAAGAACCACUAGUUAUUCAUACGAUAUUCAUGCAGUGGAAGUACAUGAUGAUCCAGAUGUGUUGGCAUCUCCAAGUAAAAAGAGUUCAAAGACUGGUGGGGGAAAAAGAAAACUGGUGUAUAAAGUUAAUAAUAAGGUGAUAGGUGAAGUUGGACAAGAGGCCUCAGGAAGCUACCAGGGCUGCUGGGCCAUCGAUCAUGUUUUGAUAGUCAACAUGGCACACGUUCCCUCAACACUGCAAGACGCGUUCAACCCUGUUAACCCAAGUGACUGGCUCUCACUGCCUGGGGCUUAUUUUAAGCAACAAUGUCAUUCUGAAGACACAGCUAUGGUUUUCAAUCAUGAGUCACCAAUGACGGCGGUAUCUAGUCGUGACCUUGACCUUUCUGUAAAAGACUACAGGGAUGACCUUAUACUUGAAGAGGAGUUUGAAUCAAAGUCACUACCUGGUUGGCAGGUAUCGGGAGGCCACAUUGAUGUGCUGUGUGGAAUUAUUCAUUCUGACAACUCUAUGGUUUUCACUGGUCCAGGAAAGAGUAGGAAGAUUUGUUCUCCAUUCAUCGACCCACGCAAGGCCGGGAACGUCCGGUUCAACUUUGGAUUAGGUUCCGGUGGUUGUCAUACUGAUGGGAACAUUAAAGCUGAAGUGAUAGUUUUUAUGGAGGACAAAAGUGAACACACCAUCUACAUUAUAGAGACACUCUCUGUCAAGUCCUAUGUGGAACCUUCACUUGUGUCCGUUCCGCUGAAGCCAGUAGAAAGGUAUGAAGAAGCAAGAAUAUGCUGGCUACAGAAAUACAGUGGCGGACAGGAUAAGAAUGUUUGGGCAAUUGAUAACGUACAGGUUUUACCAUUUAUGCCGGAAAAAUCAUCAACUGCUAAGGAUAAGGUGGCUCAGUUCAGUCUGAAUUUGGAGUGUGGAAAUAAUCCACAUAACAAUGAGGUAGAACUAAAGUAUUCGACAAACUAUGGUGAGAGCUGGUUUUCCCUCCAUCAACCUUGCCUGCCUAACCAAUGUGACGGAAAAUACUUCCCUACAAAUACACACUUCAAGUCAGACCAGUAUAAAAGAUGGUAUCGUUACACAACGCCUGUGCCCUAUGCUGUCAUGGUGCCUCACGUAAGGUUUCGCUGGCAUGAAACAUCGAGCAACGAACCUAACUGGGCCUUAGAUAAUGUGUACAUUGGAGAUUGCCCUGAGGGAUGUAACGGUCAUGGAAAAUGUUUGGAGGGUACUUGUAGGUGUGACUUUGGAUACACUGGAGAAUUAUGCCGGAAACCAGUGGCGCAAAACCCUGCUAUUUUGCUUGAAAACUUUGAGGGAACCAGUCUUGUACCAAGCACUGGGGUGGAACACAUUCUUGGUGCCAGUCUUAGUUAUGACUGCGAUGUUGUGUCAACUGGGAAAGCCGCUGUGUUUAAUCAAGAUGGCCGUCGAGAGUUUGUCACAGCCGAGUUGAACACAACUAACACAAUGUAUCUCCAGUUCAACAUUAGGGUGGGAAGUAACUCCCCAGUGUCAGCCUGCCCUGCUCCAGAAAAGACUAAAGAACUUGUGCUUCUGGACUAUAGCUGCGAUGGGGGGAUUUCCUGGCAUCUCCUGAAAAUGUUUAACAUCUUUGAUUAUCGAACAGCCAUGGCAGACUCAGUACAGCUACCACAAUCUGCCCAAGACGAGGGUUGUAAAUUCCGCUGGUGGCAACCGGAACACUCUGGAUACCAUCAAGAUGUGUGGGCACUUGAUGACAUCAGUCUUAAUGACCAUUUGUUUAAUACACUUCGUCUUGAUAUGAAUAACUUGGUCGAUGAUGGCGAUCAUCUGUCCGUUACGCAGGGCCGGUUGUCUGAUAGCUAUUGCAGAAAGAUGAAAAGUAUAAGCUUCAUCGGAAGACCAUCGAAUGACGAUGUGCGUCUGCUAACAACAGAGUCGAUGCACAUUGGCGCAGGCUAUAUAAUGCAGUUUGAGCUUGUCAUGGGUUGUGGCCUACCAUAUUCCGAGACUGUUGAUAAUAGAGUUUACCUUGAGUACUCGACAGAUCAUGGAAUCCAUUGGAACCUCGUGAUCGAGCCUUGCCUACCCCCUGCACCUUGUGAGUCGGUCCAUCAGGGGACGAUUUACGAUUGGACCCAGUUUCGAGAAUGGACAAGAAUUACUAUACCACUUCCUGUUGCCACCUGGGGUCCCUCAACAAGAUUUCAACUACGUCAGUCAUAUUGGACGAACACUGACACCUGGGGUGUGGCUAGACUCUACAUUGGACAGCAGUGCCCCAACAUGUGUCAUGGACAUGGCCAAUGUAAUGAGGGUACCUGUAUAUGUGAUGAAGGCUAUGAAGGGACAGAUUGUCAACCUGCAACCCACCUGAACGACAAAAUGCUUGCCGAUUUUGGGAUUCGAUACGAGCCCGAUCACGAUUUUGAGCAUGUUCGAGGUGGGAAAGUUGUCCAUAGCAACCAGGGGUGCGGAACAAUACAUUCUGAUGAAUCAAUGUACUUCUUUGAUAAUGGUGUGCGAGAGCUCAUCACCAAAGACAUGGACACACGCCGUUCCGACUACCUCCAGUUUUAUCUUCGUGUGGGCGGGGGUGGGGCUGACUGCAAUGGGGGUGAACAUCGAUCCCAUGGCGUUAUUGUACAGUACUCAAACAAUGGUGGGGUGACUUGGACACUUUUAGAUGAGCUGGAAGGAACUAUGUAUGGUAAACCAAGACUUGUGUCCAAUGACCUUCCUCCCGAGGCUCGUACACCAAGCACGAGAUUCCGGUGGUGGCAGCCCCAACACGCAGGCAAAGGGCACGACCAAUGGGCAGUAGACGAGAUACACCUUGGACAGUACGAAAAUCUAAGACUGCUAGAAGAUGACUUCAAUGGCUCAGUGGAACCUCUUGAUUCUGGUGUGUGGCAGACGGCUACAGGAGGGGUGAUCGGAAAGUACUGCAACUCUAGAAACCCUGUCCUCAUAUUGGCCAACCAGGAGUCCGACAAGAGGGUCGUUACGAAAGAUCUCAAUCUAAAAGUUGGGGACGUCAUUCAGUUUAAGAUAAAUGUCGGCUGUACCAACCAGUUUCGAUGGGACCAUCCAGUUAUGCUUCAGUACUGGCCUCGAGGGGGAAAUGGAUUCAAAUUGGUUCGACAACCCUGCUAUCCAGAAAUGUCUUGCCAUGGCAACCAUUCAGAAGGGAGCAUCUAUUAUGCUGGUCCUCAUGGUCACUGGGAGCUUGUUAUCAUCCCUGUAAUAGAGGAGCUUGCAAAAUAUCCUUUGAUUCUCCGAUGGUGGCAACCAGGUGGUUAUCCGUACAACUUUGCCCUUGAUGAUGUUUACAUUGGUCCACCAUGUGAUCACAGUUGCCAUAGAAAUGGGGCAUGCAAAAAUGGCGCCUGUGAUUGCUAUGGACGCUUUGAUGAUCCCGACUGCCAAUCAGAUGACCCAACGCCAUACGGCAUGGUGGAUAGAUUUGAACAGCUUCAUCGCCCAGCUGAUUUCUGGAGAAGGAUUCUGGGCGGCCAUCUUGGUAUUGGGUGCGGAACGGUUGAUGCCGGGAAUGCCUUGUUUUUGGAUGGGGAAGGAUCACGUGAGGCUGUUACUGUGCCUUUAAAUACAACAUACCUGAGAAUGUUGGAGUUUGUCCUCAAAAUUGGGAGUAAUGAACUGACCCAUCGCUGUACCCAACCUUCCUCCCCCAAUGAGGGAAUCAUUUUGGACUAUUCCACUGAUAAUGAGAUCACAUGGAGUCUUCUGAAAGUGGUUGAGCCCAAGUUGUACAAUGGGUCAAAGGAGAGGAUAGUCAUUGAACUCCCCCCUGAAGCAAAAUCAGACAGAACCAUUUUCAGAUGGUGGCAACCAUUGGGUUAUGGAGGUAUGACAAAGGCAGAAUGGGGUCUUGACAGUGUUACUAUCGGUGUCAAUGAGACCAACUUGGAUGGUUUCCAGGACGAUUUUGCUGGCAUGAUGCCAGACAUGUUCACAUGGUUCCAGACAGAAAGCGCUGUACCGAGGAUUACAUGUAACUCGAAAGGGAAUGCCCUGGAGUUCAGCAGAAAUGGAGAAAAGAGGUUUGCAGAAACGUGGGACUACCAAGUAACGCCAUCAACGUUCCUGCAAUUUGACAUAGCCAUGGGCUGUGACUCACUUUACAACACAGUGUACGGAGUGAUGCUUGAAUAUUCCACCAACAUGGGUAAGGAUUGGGACACGGUCGUAUCGGAAUGUGCACCCCCCAAUUUUGAAUGCAAUGGAUACCAUUCAAAGAGUGACUACAUGUCUGACCAGCACAGAAAUUGGACCAGGAUUUCACUGUAUUUACCCCAGGGUGCUGUAUCUCCAGCUACUAGAUUUAGAUGGCAACAACACAGUCAAACCCCUAGUGGCAAUGUUUGGGCCCUUGACAACGUGUAUCUAGGGAAUGGGUGUCCAUGGCUCUGUUCUGGCCAUGGGUAUUGUAAAAAGGGAACUUGUGUUUGUGACGAUGGUUACGAUGGGGAAUUCUGUGUUCCAUCACGCCCCCUUCCCAUGAUGCUUCGGGACGAUUUUAACCGGGACAAGCCCCAAAAUGAUAACUGGAUUGAGAUACAUGGUGGGGACACCACCAAAAUGUGUGGCACUCUUGUCAGUGGAAACGCUCUGACCUUUAGUGAUGAUCAACUCAGAAUGGCUGUCACUCGUGACCUUGACACAACCAUGCUGAACACAAUUGAAUUCUACUUUUUGUUUGGAUGUAAUGGAAAAAAGAUGGAUUGGCCUCGUAAAGAGAGCGUGCUGCUCCAGUAUUCUACCAAUGGUGGAAUCACAUGGAAGCUCAUCAAAGAGAUGCAUUAUAGGAAUGAUUCAAAACCAAGAUUUUUCAGUCUUGAGCUGCCCAUGGAUGCCAGACAUAACUCUACACGGCUGAGAUUCUGGCAACCUUACAACGCAGGCAAGAUGUUGUCAACAUGGGCUGUAGACAACCUGUUUAUUGGUGGAAUGGUAAUGAAUCCCUCUUCUCUGGCUGAUGAUUUUGAGUCUGGCGUACCUGCCGAUUCCUGGCUGUUUGUCAAUGAUGGGGAGGUGGCAGGCUACUGUGAACAAAAUGUCAGGUCAGACACAGUCGGUGCAGGGGAAACAGCCCUGGUUUUCCGUCAGGGCUCUGACAAGGGAGAGCACUCAGUAGUUACCCGUGAUCUCAAUGUUGGACCAAUGUCAGUGCUGCAGUUUGAUAUAAAUGUUGGGUGCUCCUCAGAAAGUACCCACAAGUACCCAGUGAAGCUGGAAUACUCUCCAGAUGGAGGCAAAACAUGGAAACUUGUUGUACCUAAUUGUGCAGAUGUCUCUACAGCUCAUUGUCAUGACAGUGUGAUGCAAACGAGCCUUCAUUACGGAGGAACUUCGAAAUAUUGGCGAAGAGUUGUUAUCCCUCUUGAUGAUCUCUAUGUUUGUGGAACGUUGAGAUUUCGCUGGUACCAGGGUGUUAUACCAGAAGAUGAUUACGGACCAGAGUGGGCCAUUGACAAUGUUUUCAUAGGAAUGGCCUGUAUGCAGCACUGCCUCGGACAUGGUAAAUGUGGCAGCACCAUGAUGUGCACAUGUGACCAUGGUUUCCUUGGUGACACCUGCUUGUCUAACCAGUCCCUACCCAUCUACAUGAAAGAAGGCUUCCCAUUGGCUAAUGGCCUUGACGAUCUACCAGAGGUGUUGCCCUUGCUGGAUUCCUUCAGUAGCUCCAGCAAACUCUUAGAUGAAAAGAAGUGGGAUAUCUGGAGUGGUGGACUGGUUUCUAAGGCUUGUGGCCUUUUGCUGGAUGGAUAUGGACUGGUUUUCCAAAAUUCCGGUGAACGUGUACUACAGACAAUAAAACUGGACCUCUCCAAGGCAACGACAGUCCAGUUCUAUAUUCGCCUUGGCUGUGACUCCACUCCUCCUGACCCAGCCACGCCCCCAGUUUACGCACAAUUCACCACAAACGGAGGAAUCAACUGGCACACCAUUGAGCAGUUUGAUUUCAACGAGCAUAGUAACAAGCCAUCUUAUGUGAUACUAAAUUUGCCUAAAAACGCAAGGUCCAGCGCUUCUCAGAUUCGCUGGUGGCAGCCAUCAAAAAAUGGAACAUUUAUGGAGCCCUGGGCAAUUGAUGAGGUUUACAUUGGUGGUGACUAUGACGGUGUCGAGAUGUUGGCAGACGACCCUGGUGCUCCUAGGGACUCUACCUGGACCCUGACCCCAGGAGCAGUUAUAGAGCCCGUAUGUGGGUCACUGUUUAAUACCCUCCACUUUACUGGAGAGGAGCAGCACAGGUUUGCAGUGACAGCUGAUGUGGUAGUGGAAGCGGGAUCUGUACUACAGUUUGACAUCUCCCUUGGCUGUACUGACACAAAGCACUACUUCAAGGUACAGCUAUUGUAUUCCCAUGACAAGGGUGUGACCUGGCAGCCUGUGACGAGGUCAUGUUUGCCUUCCCACCUCAACUGCGAGAAGUACACAUUCCCUAGAGAUAGCGAGUUUCUCUCAGAUAUGACAAGUGGAUGGAACAGAUACAAUGUUCCGCUGCCGUUCCAUACAAGGUCACGGUCAACUAGGUUUCAAUUUGUUCAGCCCGAAGGUUUCAACAGGAAGGACACUUGGGCCAUCGCUAACUUGUACAUAGGGACAGAUUGUCCAGAUUCCUGUAAUGGUCAUGGAAAAUGCACUGAACAGGGUUGUGUAUGUGACCCGGGAUGGGGAGGUUUCGACUGCAGUGCUCCCACCAUUGAUUUGCCUGUAUAUUCUUAUGAUAUGUUUACUGGAGAAUCCUAUAACUGGUACAAAGUUGUUGGGGGAAAGAGAACUAAACCAUGUAAACCUAUGGCAUCUGGAUCGGCUUUACAUUUUACUGGGAACUGCUCCAGAGGACUCAUUUCUCGAUUCUUUGAUCUUUCAAAUGCUGAGUAUGUGCAGUUUAACUUUAUGUAUGGAUGUGGCACACCGCCGGAUAAUAUUGAUGAGAGUGUUUUGAUUGGGUACUCCACUAAUGCUGUUGAUUGGACAACGUUUGGGAAUUUGCAUUACUUGAACUACCGCUCACCAUCGUUUGUGACAAUAAUGCUACCAGAUGAUGCAAAAAGAAAUGGAACGGCAAUAAAUUUUGCCCAGUUUAAAAACAGUGGCCAAAAUGAAGAUGAUUGGCUUAUAGACAAUUUAAGAAUUGGAGGUCGAAAUGUUAACCCUGAGAUGAUGAUGAGCGACUUCACUUAUGGAAUCGAUCCAGCUGAAUGGAAGACUUUUGAUAACAUUAAAACAGGAGUGUAUUGUGAAAGAUCUGAAGUAGCAUCUGGAGAGAUCGUCGACGACGAGAGUGCAACAAUAACAACGCAAGAUUUGAACAUACACGAAGGUCACAUGUUACAAUUCUGGUAUAACAUUGGUUGCAUGAGGCCAUGGAAUGCAUCGGUGGCACCUGUACAUUUGCAAUAUUCUACAGAUUAUGGGAUGACUUGGGCCUAUGUUACUCCACAAUGUUUGUCAAAUGACCCAGACUGUCUUGUUGGACCAUCCAUGGCUAGCGUUUAUUAUGGUGAUCCUAUGGGAAGGUGGCAGCGAGUGAUUAUUCCACUUGAAGGAAUGACACAGUCAAAAGCAACACGUUUCAGAUGGCAACAGCGCCCUGUUAACGACGACGAAGCCAUUACGAAUUUUGGCUUGACUGAUGUUUACAUUGGACCAUCUUGUCAGGACAUGUGUGGUGGCCAUGGCAACUGUCACACACAGACCUUCCCAUCAUGCAUUUGUGAUCCUGGUCACCAUGGUGAUAAUUGCUACCCUUGGGAUGCUGAAAAUAAGCGUGAAUUAAAAGACACAUUUAAUAAUGGCGAAGUGGAUAAGUCCAAGUGGUUGUUGGUUCAAGGUGGAACAGUCCAGGAUUCAUGCACUCCUUUGGUUGAACUGACCUCACUUACAAUGAAUGGACUAGGCCUAAGGCAAAUUGUUACGGAGGACUUGGACCUCCGAGACGCAAAGUUUGUUCAGUACACUGCAAGCAUAGGAGGAACGACGGAAGCACAUGACUGCUUUAAGCCGUAUAGCCCUGAUCACAGUGUAAUAUUGCAGUAUUCAACUGACGGGGGUAUUAACUGGCAUACAUUACACACUCUUGAUUAUACACGAUAUUUGGAACCUAGACAAGACUAUAUUAAGCUACCACAGGAAGCAAGAACGAUUAGUACAAGGAUUAGGUGGUGGCAACCUCUUGCUGAGGACCCUUUUAGGAGGCAGCCUGCUUGGGCCAUUGAUAAUGUGUACAUUGGUGGUCAUGAGAUUAAUCCAGCGAAUUUUCGUAUCAAUUUUAAUGAAUCUCUGGUACUUAAUGACCAGCCCUGGGAAUUUAACCCUCAAGGUCACAUCCAGACAGAAGUUUGUAAGAAGGAUGACGGUGUUAUUGUUUGGGAGGAAGGAAAGGGAGAGAAACACUUUACAACAAAACAGACUAUCAUACAACAUGAUUAUAUUCUGCAAUUUAAGAUAGCGGUUGGUUGCAGUAAAACGUUUAACAUCUGCGAAAGUCAUGCACCAGUUCGUCUUGUGUUUAACAAAGAUCCAAGUCUAGACUCCUGGCACGAAGUUGUAUCUCUCUGUCUCCCUGACGUCAACCAGCGAAUGGAUUGUCGACCAAAUAGCUACCAUUUGGCCAGCGAAUAUACUGCAGAUAGGUACCCGAAUUGGACCAGAGUGACCAUCAGCCUUCCAGUAAAAACAUUUUCAAGCACCACAAGAUUUAGAUGGAUACAAGAAUCGGGUAGAGAUAUUUCACCAGGCUGGGCCCUGGAUGACAUUUACAUCGGAGAAAGCUGCCUCGACAAGUGUCACGGUAGAGGCGAGUGUGUACAAGGAAAGUGUGUGUGUGAUAAUGAUUAUAAAGGUACUACUUGCAUGCCAGCAAGAAAGCAGUUAUCUCGAAUGUUCGACUCUUUCGAGGACGGUAUUUAUUCAACACGAUGGGAGUGGGUGUCAGGGGGAGGUAUCGGGUUUGGUUGCGGGGCCCUUAUACCUUACGCCCAUGGAAAGACUUUAUACUUUAAUGGAUGUGGGCACAGAGAGGCCCGUACAGUUGAAAUGGAUUUGAAUAGACCAAGUAAAAUAAUGUUUGUGAUGCAAAUUGGAUGCAGGGCUCAAACAAAGGAUUGCAAUGUUAAAAUGGACGAUCACUCACAAUACAGAGGCAUUCUCUUGCAAUAUUCUACAAAUAAAGGUGCAGAUUGGCGAUUAAUUGCGCGUCAUGACCCAGCUGAUUACCUUUCUCCAAAGAGGCUUGCCUACGACAUCCCUCAUCAUGCUCAGGUUGAGGGAGUCCAGUUUCGAUGGUGGCAGCCUGUACAUGGUGGCGAAGGCUCGGAUCAGUGGGCACUGGAUCAUGUAGAAAUCGUCCCGAGUCGAACGAAUAUGAAAUUUUACAGACGAAGAAGAAGACGCCAAGCGGGUAUGAUGUCGAUUCGAUGAAGCUUUGUGACCUAGCUCCAAGGGAAUUAAACCGGUGUACUGCAAUGAAUGUUGAACGCAAUAAUUUGUGUAAUAUCAUUUCAACAAAUGAUGAAGUAAUUCAUGUACAUUUAAUUAAUUAGUGUAACAUGAAUAAACAAAUAUGAUAUAUUGAAAUUUAUUUUACUGUUGUAAAUACAUGUAGGUGCAUUUGAUGUAAAUUUUAAAUUUGUUAUAACAUGUCAUUGAACAAAAAUAUGUGCAUAAAUAUAUUUUCUUGAAAUUCAUUUUUAUACAAUAUGUGGUUAUGGAGUUUCGGUUUUGAAAAUAGGCUACUUGAUCUUAGACUGAUGUAACAGGAAGCAUUGGAUAAGUUCGUGAAUAUGUAUAUUGCCCUAUGAUUAACAAGACUGUAGGACCAUAAAUGUUGCAUUAUAUAUUCCAUCGUUGACAAUUACAGUAAACGAAGAAAAUGUCUUCGGCAGUACAUUUGCAUUCCCGUUCACCAGAGUGAUGAUGCUUUGCGUACCACUCUCUUAAGAUUUUUCAUUAUCAAUCCACUGAUGAAUGAUGCAGUACAUUUGUUAAUCCAUCAUUUCUGACAUUUAAGGAUACUGUAAAAAAUAUGUUAGAAAUGAUAUAUCAUACAACAAUUUGCAAUUUUAUAUCAACAAUCAAAAUCAUAUUUGUAAAUCUCGAAGUCUACCAUAUGAGGGCAAUUAGGUUGUGUUAAAAAUAUUAUUCAAUACAAAAACAAUAGUUUUUACUUCAAUAUUGCUAUUCAAAUAUAUUAUUAAGAUAAAAAAGUUUUAGUAGAAGUAAUCUCAUAACUGGCCCAUAUUUGGAGUAAUAAAGAAUCAAACUGCAUUGUCAAUAUAAUUUAAACGUCUUUGAAGAGUAUUUAACAUUUAAAUAUAUAGCUUUAUUCGUUCUCAAACAUUUGCAGGUAGAUUGACGUAUUUUACCUGAUCUAUAAAAUGCUAAAAAUGACCACAGUAAUUUACGCAAAACGGCAAAUCUCUGUCUUCAAAGCAUGUUUACUGCCAUAAAGAAAAUGAUGAACACUGAAUUUAGGUAUUAGUUAUAUAUUAAAACUUUACAAUGCAAUUUGAUUUUAAUGCCUACUCCAUUGCAACGUCCAAACAAAGGAAAACUCGUUCUUGAGAUAUCUGAAGAAUUCUUCUGUAGGAUAGUUUUAUAAAACUAAGCAUGUAUGUGGUAUGAUUGCAAUAAUGAGACUAUGCACAUCUUUUUUGUUGGACAUACAUUAGUGUUGCCAUGACAUGUUAUGAAUAUAACACACUCAGUAAUAAGUACAGAAAGGUUCGUAAAUCUAAUUAAGUAUGUGAGGGAAAAGUUAUAAAAAUGAAUCAUUAUCGUGAUUUCUUAGUAUAAAUAGUAUAAAUAAUGCAUUUCCAAACAAACCAGAAAGUUUGUUUUGGUGCUGAGAAAACGGGUGUGGUUGUUUAAAUAAGCAACAACAAAAUUAUGUUUACAUUUUUAUAGUUUUUUACGUGGCAUUAAGACUCAUUGGAAACUAUUGUAUUGGUAGCAAUGCCGAAUGACUCCUUUCUAAUAACAUGCUGUUGAUAUCGUUGUUUUUCUCUUAAGUUACUCCUCAUAAUUCGUGUAAUUUACUUCCACAUUUAAUAGGAACUGUCCUUAAACUUGACACAAUGUAGGUACAAAUUUUGUUGUAUUAUUCUUCAGCUGUUUUGUCAUACAGCUACGUGUCCCUAAACAUAAUUAAAGUUUAUAGCUGUAAACAUUUGUAAAUCGAAUAACUUCCACAGUAUAUGAGGAUUUGUUUUGAAGAAGUGUACUGGUACCUGGCGUAUACAUCUUUAGUCUUAGGGCGCUUUGUGUGUUAUAAACUAGUUCUGGUGUUAUAUCGGUUUCACGAACUGUGUAUUUGUUGUAACAGUUUUAAAUAAAAGGAAAACCAGUUUAA